UUUCUGCCUCAGCCAUAGAGUCAGCAAAGCUAGAGCGUCGAUUCAAUUGUCUGGAGACAGAAUGUGUCUUUGGGUGCUACUUCUGGGGAUUUCCCCCCCCCAAGGGGCGGGGAUUGAGAGCAGUAUGGGGACGGAAUGCUGUGGGGCCUUUGGAUGCUACUUUUGCUUUAUCUCCGUUUUGUAGGGGCUCGGCGGGGCAGGGGAGGAUGGACCAUGAACGAGUUGCAUACAACAGCUGUGCAAUGCACUUAAUAUACUCUCAGUAUUGUAGAUCAGAAGUGACGAUGAGGCUGUCUUGGAUUUCCAGUCGAAAAAAUGAAAAGCAGCUUGGUUCUCAGUGCAAAACUCAGAAGAAAAAGGCUGGAGAAAAGAAUGAUGGCAGAAGGAGUAGUGGCUGCAUCUGCACCAGCUUUGGAGCCUUCACUGUCUGAUGAAUGUGUCAAACCAUUUACACCAGAACAAGCCAAAGAAAUUGUGAUGUCUCUGCAGAAUCCUGCAGUCUUCUGUAACAUGACUUUUGAUUGGCCAGCACUUCAUUGGAAUGUUUCAUACCUUGCUGAGCUAUUGGCUGAAAAGAAAAUACCUUUCAGGAUGGGAACGAAGAAUAUGGACACAGCUCCUCUGUUUGAAACAGAGUGCAGUUAUGUGGCAGCCACGCUUGAAGAGUUUUUGGCCUGGAGUAGAAGACAUCCGCCUUGCUCUUCUGGACCAUUCAGUGGUUAUGAUUUGUGUAAAUACUGGACUUACGCUGACUAUAAGUAUAUAGUUAAGCUAUUUGAAGACAAUUCAGAACAUUUCCAGGAUGUGAGAUGGUCUGACUUCGGAUUUUUUGGAAGAAAUGGAAGGGAGAGUACUCUGUGGAUUGGCUCAGCAGGAGCAAACACCCCUUGUCAUCUGGAUUCCUAUGGCUGCAACUUGGUGUUGCAAGUCCAAGGAAGGAAAAGGUGGCAUCUGUACCCACCCGAAGACUCCAGUUUUCUUUAUCCUACCAGAAUUCCCUAUGAAGAAUCCAGUGUGUUCAGCAAAGUCAAUGUAAUCAAUCCUAAUCUGGAAAGCUUUCCACGGUUUAAGAAAGCACAAGCUCAUGUGGUAACACUUGACCCAGGCCAGGUCCUGUUUGUUCCCAGACACUGGUGGCAUUAUGUAGAAUCCAUUGACCCCAUCACUGUUAGCAUCAACUCUUGGAUUGAACUGGAUUCGGAUCAUGAAGCCCGCAUAGAAGAAGCAAUAACCCGGACACUGAUAGGUGCAAUCAAAUCCACAGAAAAGCCCAGUGCUUCAGAUUGCUGGCUCAAUCCUACAGAGGUUGAAAUGACCUCAUAUGAAACCAAUCUUCAGUACCUAAAUGGAGCCGUGUCUACAUAUUUACAACAUCAGAAGACAAGUAAAACUGAACACAGAGACACUGGGACUCCUGAAACGGAAGGGAUUCUUCCAGACAAAUGUAAAAGAAUAAAAGUCCAAGUGAAUGCAGAAUUGGAAGGCUUCAAAUCAAUGCCCUCUGACCCUCAUCUUACAAUAAUUAAAACAAAGAAGUUAAAACAAAUCCCUUUUGGACCAAGUUUAUUUCAGGUUUUACCACAGGAUUGGGAAACAAAUCCAACAGGAGAAGCAGAAAGUGACUGUACAGACAUUUUAAAUGAAGAUGAAGGACACUUUGGGGAAUUAGACUGUGGAGGGAAGACAUCUAUAAUUAAUAGCAGUUCUGGAGCACUUGUAGAUCACAAAAAUCCAUGUGGUGGUACCAGCUCCACACAAACUAGCAUUUGUACAAAUGAUUUGCUGGAUUGUGUGCUAAAUCCGCAAGUCAUCAGUUUAAUAGCCCAUCUUUUGUUGGAAAAAGCAAGUGUUUAACAUUGGUGUACUUGUCUUUUUUAAAAAUAAAAGCACAAUCAUAAGCA